CAGGUAUUCUCUGUCUGUACACCUGAGUGGAAUGGGUGAAAGAAAUGGUUGCCAACUGGAACAGCCUAAGAAGUGGUCCUGCCAGCACUUUCAAUGAUAGAGUUUUUGCCAGUGAAAUGAAUGCAGGAAUUAUAAAAACAUAGCAAAUCUAUGAAAAAAUGAUGUUUAAAGAAGCUUUGAAAACAGGGUUUUUUGAGUUUCAGGCCGUGAAAGAUAAGUACCGUGAACUGGCAAUAGAAGGGAUGCACAGAGAACUCGUGUUUCAAUUUAUUGAAGUUCAGACCCUUCUCUUGGCUCCAUUCUGUCCACACUUAUGUGAGCACAUCUGGACACUCCUGGGGAAGUCUGACUCAAUUAUGAAUGCUUCAUGGCCUGUGGCAGGUCCUGUGGAUGAAAUCUUGAUUUGUUCCUCACAGUACCUCAUGGAAGUAGCACAUGACCUUAGAUUACGACUCAAGAAUUAUAUGAUGCCAGAUAAAGGGAAGAAGACUGACAAGCAGCCACCUCAGAGGCCCUCACACUGCACCAUCUACGUGUCAAAGACUACCCUCCUUGGCAGCACACUACUAUGUCAGUUCUGUGUAACCACUUUGAGGCCAACAGUGGAAGAUUGCCUGAUAACAGUCAUUGCUAGUGAACUAGGUAAUAUGCCAGAAUUGAAGAAAUGUAUGAAGAAAGUGAUGCCAUUUGUUGCUAUGGUUAAGGAAAAUGUGGAGAAGAUGGGGCCUCGUGUUCUGGAUUUGCAAUUAGAAUUUGAUGAACAGGCAAUGCUUAUGGAAAAUAUAGUCGACCUGACUAAUUCCCUUGAGCUAGAACACAUAGAAGUCAAGUUUGCCUCCGAAGCAGAAGAUAAAGUCAGGGAAGACUGUUGUCCUGGGAAACCACUUGAUGUUUUUAGAAUGGAACCUGGUGUGCCAGUUUUCUAGUAAAUCCCCAGCCAUCCAGUGGUCACUUCUCAACCAAAAUUGAAAUCAGGCAAGGGGAUAACUGUGAUUCUAUAAUCAGGUGUUUAAU